AUGGCAUUUCAGAAGGUGGUAAAAGGAGCUGCUCUGGUUGGUGGAGGAGCCUUAGCAACAGUUUUUGGCCUCUCUCAGUUCUCUCAGUAUAGAAACCAACACGGUCAUUUUGUGCAUGUGCAAGCUGCAGAAGCUGUGGGAGUUCCAUUAAAGGACCAUUUCCCCACGAGAGAGCAGCAGAUUGAGACGCUGAAGACCACAAGUGAAUUUGAUGUCCUCAUUAUAGGUGGAGGAGCCACAGGAUGUGGCUGUGCUUUAGAUGCUGUCACUAGAGGACUAAAAACAGCCCUUCUAGAAAGAGAUGAUUUCUCAUCAGGGACCAGCAGCAGGAGUACUAAAUUGAUCCAUGGUGGAGUGAGGUAUCUUCAGAAGGCCAUCAUGAACUUGGAUCUUGAGCAGUACAAGAUGGUGAAGGAAGCACUGGAGGAGCGUGCAAACCUGCUGGAAAUUGCUCCUCACCUCUCAGCUCCUCUGCCAAUAAUGCUCCCUGUGUACAAAUGGUGGCAGCUGCCCUACUACUGGUUUGGAAUAAAACUUUAUGACCUGGUGGCAGGAAGCCAGUGCCUGAAAAGCAGUUAUGUCCUCAGCAAGUCCAGAGCCUUGGAGCUCUUCCCAAUGCUACGCAAAGAUGAUCUGGUUGGAGCCAUUGUCUACUAUGAUGGACAGCACAACGACGCGCGGAUGAACCUCGCCAUCGCCCUCACCGCUGCCAGGUACGGCGCUGCCAUGGCCAAUUACGCUGAAGUGCUGCGCCUGCUGAAGGGCCGGGACCCGGCCAGCGGCAAGGAGCGUGUCUGCGGGGUGCGCUGCAGGGACGUCCUCACAGGGCAGGAGUUUGAUGUCAGAGCCAAGUGUGUUAUCAAUGCUACCGGACCCUUCACAGACUCAGUGCGCAAAAUGGAUGAUCAGCAGGUCCCCAACAUCUGUCAGCCCAGCGCCGGCGUGCACAUUGUGAUGCCUGGGUACUACAGCCCUGGUAACAUGGGGCUGCUGGACCCAGCCACCAGCGAUGGUCGAGUGAUUUUCUUCUUGCCCUGGGAGAAGAUGACUAUUGCAGGAACCACAGACAGCCCAACUGAUGUCACCUCCCACCCCAUCCCAACAGAAGAAGACAUCAACUUCAUCCUGAACGAAGUGCGAAACUACCUCAGUGUGGAUGUUGAAGUGAGAAGAGGAGAUGUGUUGGCAGCAUGGAGUGGCAUUCGUCCUCUGGUCACAGACCCCAACUCCAAGGACACGCAGUCCAUCUCCCGCAACCACGUCGUUAACAUCAGCGAGAGCGGCCUGGUCACCAUCGCAGGUGGGAAGUGGACAACCUACCGUGCCAUGGCCCAGGACACCAUCGAUGCAGCCGUUCAGGCGCACGGUCUGAAGGCAGGUUCCAGUAAGACCAUUGGACUCCAGCUACUAGGGGCUGAGGACUGGAGUCCCACCCUCUACAUUAGGUUGGUCCAAGACUAUGGACUUGAAAGUGAGGUGGCUCAGCAUCUGGCUUCAACGUAUGGUGACAAGGCUUUUGAGGUGGCCAAGAUAGCCCAGGUGACAGGGAAGAGAUGGCCCAUCGUUGGGAAACGGCUUGUGUCGGAAUUUCCUUACAUUGAAGCUGAGGUGGUGUAUGGUGUGAAGGAGUACGCCCGCACUGUGGUGGACAUCAUCUCCCGCCGCACUCGCCUGGCCUUUCUCAACGUGCAGGCUGCAGAGGAGGCCCUGCCAAGGAUUGUGGAGAUCAUGGGGAAAGAACUCAACUGGAGUGAGCAGAAAAAAAAGGAAGAGUUUGAAGCUGCUAAAAGAUUUCUCUAUUUUGAAAUGGGCUACAAAGUGAAAUCAGAUCAAUUGGCAAACAGCUCUGAAAUCAGCCUCCUGCCAGCAGAUAUUGAAAGGUACAAGAAGCGCUUCCACAUGUUUGACAAGGAGAAGAAAGGCUUCAUAACCAUCCUGGAUGUGCAGCGUGUCCUGGAGAGCAUCAGUGUGCAGAUUGCUGAGAACACCCUUCAUGAAAUCCUCAACGAGGUGGAUCUGAACAAAAAUGGGCAGGUGGAGCUCAGCGAGUUCCUGCAGCUGAUGAGUGCCAUCCAGAAGGGCCACGUCUCGGGCAGCCGGCUGGCCGUGCUGAUGAAGACCGCCGAGGAGAACCUGCGGCAGCGCACGGUCAUCCCGGUGGACCGCAGCGGUGGUGGGCUGUGA